UACAAGAUGAUCAUGAAGACUCCACAAAGUGCCGAUGCUGUUUAACCAUCCAGAGAGGGCCAGGGCGACAUGAACAUGGCUUGGCCAUCACAGUUUCGAGUAAGGAGAGCUUGUACCCUCACAGACCCAUGACACAGAGCAGAUUACCCCUGGCAUGGACCAGCCAAAGAAUGACAAUGACCAGUAUCCCAUUGUCAUGAGAGAGGAAAACAGGAGGAGAAGGCGCAAGAUGCGAGCCAACACAAGCACGGCCAUGCAGUACUAUUCACUGGAGCAGCUGGCCAUUGAGUUUGUCCUCCCAACACGCAACAAGUUCAACAAUGUGCACGAGAAGCUCUGCCUGGAGGUGGCUGGUAAUUACACAGUGGAGCAACUGAAGGCCAAAGUUUGGGUCAAAGCCGGUGGGAUCAGCGCCUGCCAGGACUUCUACAGGAAGCUCAGCCCUGACCAGUUCAGGUUGAUGUACCAGAAGAAGGGCCAGUGGUACGAGAUUUAUGACCAGCACCAGGUGAUUCAAACGCUAGACUGCAUCAACUACUGGAAAACGCUGCAGCGGAACAACGGCAAGAUUCACUUGGUCCAGAAAACAGAAGCCUCAAAGGAAUCCUUGCAGUUGCAAAAUGAUUUGAAUUACCUGAUUGGUUACGAUGUCACUGAUGUGAGCAAUGUACAUGAUGAUGAGCUGGAAUUCACUCGGAGGAAGCUGAUCACCCCCCAGCUCAAUGAGGUAGCCACCAGGGACGCGCAGCUCUACUCCAUGGAUCCUUGGAUCAUCUCGAAGCCUCUGCCUGAAUACCUGCUCAAUAAGAUCUGUAACAGUAACAUAUUCAUCAUUAUUCACAGGGGAACAACAAGCCUAACGAUAAAGGUUUCUAUUGACGAGACACCACAAAGCAUUCUGAAGAACUUCUUCAAAAAGAUGGCCAACAAGAAAGGUCUACUGGAAAUCUCAGAGAACCAUAACGAGGAGGACUUUGUCCUUCGGGUCUGUGGCAGGGAGGAUUACAUCGUUGGUGACAAUCCCAUCAAGGAUUUCCACUGGGUAAGAAACUGCCUGAAGAAUGGCGAGGAAAUCCACUUUGUCCUAGACCUGCCCCCGGACCCAGCUCUGGAUGAAGUGCAGAAGGAAGAGUGGCCCCUUGUGGAUGACUGCACUGGGGUCACUGGAUCGCACCAGCAGUUAACUCUAGAGGGACGAGAUCAUGACAAAGUCUUCACCAUAUCCCUCUGGGACUGUGACAGAAAAUUCCGAGUCAAGAUUAUUGGGAUUGACAUUCCAGUACUCCCACGGAACACAGAACUGACUGUCUUUGUUGAAGCGAGUAUUCUGCAUGGGCAGCAGGUGCUUUCCCAACAAAGGACCCUUACAAAAGCAUUUACGGAGGAAGUACUAUGGAAUGUUUGGCUUGAGUUUGAUAUUAAAGUUAAGGACCUACCCAGAGGGGCACGACUAAAUCUUCAGGUUUACUGUGGUAAAGCACCAGUUCAAAGUAUGAAGUCUACCUUCCAGUGUCAAGAUGAUAAUGCCUGGGACACCAAGAGCAAAAGCCACAUGCUGUAUUAUGUUAACCUGUUGGUGAUUGAUCAUCGAUCGCUCCUCCGACAAGGAGAGUAUGUACUCCACAUGUGGAAAAUUCCUGAUAAAGGUGAAGAACAAGGGACAAUUGAGGCUGACAAGCUGACAUCAGCGACUAACCCUGACAAGGAGAACUCCAUGGCGAUCUGCAUUCUCCUGGACCGAUACAAUUACCCAAUCGCUCUCCCGCGAAGUUGUCAGAGCCAGAACGCUGAGCCCGAGAGGUCAGGCCACGAGAUGCACAGUCAGCUCCGCAAGCAGUUCGAAGAGAUCAUCAGCACUGACCCCCUGAACCCGCUGAGCACUGAGGACAAAGAACUACUGUGGCAUUUCAGGCACGAGUGCAUGAGGCAGCCUAAGGCCUACCCCAAGUUUCUUAGCUCAGUAAAAUGGGGGCAGCAGGAGGUGGUCCUGAAAACUCAGCAGCUUUUAGACAGACAGGAGAUGUGGAACAGCAGCCCCUUGGAUGUGGGGCUUGCAAUGCAGCUUCUGGAUUGCCGAUUUUCUAAUGAGCAUGUUCGGGCGCUGGCUGUUAAAAAGCUGGAGACACUGGACAAUAGCGAGGUGCUGCGAUAUCUAUUACAGUUGGUCCAGGCAGUCAAGUUCGAGCCUUACCAUGACAGUGCCCUAGCCCGAUUCCUCCUCAAACGAGCUUUAAGAAGUAAACGAACUGGCCAUUUUCUGUUCUGGUUUCUGAGAAGUGAAGUGGCUGAGUCGAUGCACUAUCGCCAGCGCUACGCUGUCAUCCUGGAAGCAUACCUCCGGGGCUGUGGGAAAGCCAUGCUGAUGGAUUUCAUGAGGCAAGUCAAGGUGAUGGAGGCCCUGCACAAAGUCACGCUGGAGAUAAAAAAUGUCACUGCUGACAAAUAUGAUGUUUCAGCUCAAGCGAUCUCGCAGUUAAGACACAAACUUGAGAAGCUACAAUCGUCUGGUUUCCCAGAAUGUUUCCGAGUUCCAUAUGACCCGGGCCUCCGUGCAGGUGCUCUUGUGGUGGAUAAGUGUAAGGUCAUGCCUUCAAAGAAAAAACCCCUGUGGCUAGAGUUCAAGUGUGCGGACCUCACCUCUGUAUCCAAGGACACCAUUGGGAUCAUCUUUAAACAUGGAGAUGACCUGAGGCAGGACAUGCUGAUCAUCCAGAUCCUUCUAAUUAUGGACUCAAUCUGGGAGAUAGAAUCUUUGGAUCUUUGUCUUUUGCCAUAUGGGUGUAUUGCAACAGGAAACAAAAUCGGAAUGAUUCAGAUUGUGAAAGAUGCUACAACCAUUGCUAAGAUUCAGCAGAGCACAGUUGGCAACACCGGGGCAUUUAAAGAUGAAGUGUUGAAUCACUGGCUGAAAGAGAAGUGCCCGAUUGAAGAAAAGUUCCAGUCAGCUGUUGAAAGGUUUGUUUACUCAUGCGCUGGGUAUUGUGUUGCUACCUACAUCCUGGGAAUAGGAGACAGGCACAAUGACAACAUCAUGAUCACAGAGUCAGGAAAUCUUUUCCAUAUUGAUUUUGGUCAUAUUCUUGGGAACUAUAAAAGCUUCCUGGGAAUCAAUAAAGAGAGAGUGCCCUUUGUUUUGACUCCUGACUUUCUCUUUGUGAUGGGUACAUCUGGCAAGAAGACAAGCCAACACUUCCAGAAAUUUCAGGAUAUUUGUGUCAAGGCCUAUCUUGCACUCCGCCAUCACACCAACCUGUUGAUUAUACUCUUCUCCAUGAUGGUGAUGACAGGGAUGCCACAAUUAACCAGCAAAGAGGACAUUGAAUACAUUCGCGAGACACUGACUGUUGGCAAGAGUGAGGAAGAGGCUAAGAAGCACUUCCUGGAUCAAAUCGAGAUCUGUCGGGACAAGGGAUGGACUGUACAGUUCAACUGGUUCCUGCACCUUGUACUUGGGAUAAAACAGGGGGUUGAGAAACACUCUGCAUAGCUGCUCAAAGUGGCAAGACGGAGAAUGAAGGACAUGGAAGUGGGAACACAUUUCUCUCUGGCAUCUAGAGUAUUCAUAGAGCAGUUUGUCCAGUCAGAAAUAGCUCAGAACCUAGCUUAUUUUUUGCCUCAACCAAACUUGAAAUGCAUUACUAUUUCCAAAAAAAAAGCAAAAGCACUGACCAACACGUUCAGCUGCAAGAUAUUUCCUCUUUGAAAGGCUGAAACAAUUUCAGCCCUCAACAUUAUGCAAAUGUAAGUUUCCCUUCACACAGAGGGAUUAUUCACUUGCUGAAGUCUGUGGUGAUUGUUACAGAAGCAAGCUUGCAAUUUUGCUCUGACUCAAGUGAAGAUCUGUUUUAGACAGUUUAUUGUUCCGUGACUGCCACAAAAAAAAGCGGGAACCUUAAUGACUCAAAAUCCAUUUAGCUCCAGACUCUCACUAGCAGAUGAACACACAAAACGUGAUCUCUCUUUUUUCCAACCCUCCCUCCCAUCACCACGGAAACACCCUUGCUUUGAAUGGCCCCAGCAGCAGCAAUUCUCCAACUUGUGUUUUAAGUAGUGAUUAGACUGGCUAUGGGGGACACCGCUCUCUUGCAGCCACUGGUCACCCAUUUUUACUGAGAUUACGUGGCCUUGGUGGAAACCCGCCAGUUUAAAUUUACAUGCCUGCACAGCUUCCCAAGUUGCACGUAGCUUUCAGUGCUGAUACAGUGUGCCAGUAUGGCAGACUUGCACAUAUUUCCUGAUUCUCCACCCACUGGCCAUAACCCAAGGCUGCUUUAGUGUGGGCCAGCGUUGCACAAUCCACUCACAUUCUAAACUCCAUUCUGAAUGCUGCACUCAGGUACCUUGUUGGGUCAAUCAAUUUUGCAAUAUUGUCACCCAGUCCAUAAUUUGGGACUUCUCGCUCUUCCCUGCCUUAAUUUUGAUAGAUGUUCAUGUAUGACCAAGGCUUCCAAAGUUACAUAAGACAAUGAGAACCCCCUGGGAAAAGUUCAGCACGGUGGCUCAAUGGUUAGCACUGCUGCCUCACAGCACCAGGGACCUGGGUUCAAUUCCACGCUCGGGUGACUGUCUGUGUGGAGUUUGCACAUUCUCCCCAUGUCUGCGUGGGUUUUCUCUGAGUGCUCUGGUUUCCUCCCACAGUCCAAAGAUGUGCAGGUUAGGGUGGAUUGGCUAAGCUAAAAUUGCCCAUAGUGUUCAGGGGUCUGUAGAUUUGGUGGGUUAUAGGGGAAUGGGUUUGGGUGGGAUGCUCCAAGGGUUGGUAUAGACUUGUUGGGCCAAAGGACCUGUUUCCACACUGUAGGGAUUCUAUGACUAUUUCUUUUAAUCAUGACGGUGAGACAGUAACGGUGACGUCAGUGGACUCGAUUCAGAAGUCAAGCUCAUGUUCUUGGGACACAUUUUCAAAUCCCACUUGGUGGAAUUUAAAUUAUAAAUCUGGAAUAUAAAACAAGUUUCAGAAUGGAGACCGCAAUAAAUGCUUGUUAUAAAAACCAUCUACUUCAUUAAUGUUCUUUAGAAAAGAAAACCUGCCACCCUUACCUGGUGUGACCUACACGCCACACCAAACUCACAGCAACACAGAUAAUUUUUAACAGGCCUCUGCAAUUGUCUAACAAGCCAAUCUGUUCAACAGCAAUUAGGGAUGGGUAACAAAUGUCAGUGAUGCCUACAACCCAAGAAAGUAUAAAGAAAACCAUACUUUCAGAAAAAUAUGGACAAUAUUUUGAUGGUCUUAAAGAAAAUAAAAUUACUACAGGCAUGUGGUGAAAUAGAAAGACAGUAACUUGUUUCCCACAGGGUUGUUUUCAGCAGCCCUGGAGAAUGGUUGCAGGGCCUUUCAGAGUGUUUUCCUCCCCCAUUUUCUGCACCCUAGUCACAGUAAGUUGCUACAUGCCUCCUUUGUAAUGAACCUUCAAAUCUUGAAAAUGGGGACAAUCCAUCAACAAUUUAGGGCCAUGUUUGCCUAGAAUCAGGUGGCACAAUGACCAGUUUGAUUCUGUCACAAUGCCUCAUUCUCCAAAGCAAUUAGUAAUAUUUAGCAAGUCUUUAAGAAUAUAAAUAUUGACCUCCCUUAAUAAUUAUGCAAAUAUGUUAGAAUAUGAACCAAAAAUAAA